AUGGCGCGCCGUGCACUUCUUGCUACCAUGCUCGUUGUGCUUCUUGUGUUUGGCGAGGCCGUGCGGCAGGAAGACGUGAAGACAGCCCUAAGAGACGAUCUCCAGACAGGUGAGGGUGUCCAGUCCUGCUGCAGAUGCGAGGGUGGAAGUGGGGUCCUGGGCUACUUCAAGUCAACUUCCACCUGCGGGAGCAUGAGCAAAUCGUGGAUGAGAUGCUCCGAUACAAAUCUCAGCUUGUGCUGA